AUGGCACCUGCAGACCCGAGGAUGGACGAGAAACCCACUGUCGAAGAUGCUGAGCAGCAGAGGGCUGCCGAGCCGGUUUCUAAUGGCGUCGCGGGCAUCAGCGAGGAGCAUCGGCGAUACUUGAUGGGACGCCAUGGGAGUCUGACACUGGAACCAGUACCCAGUAUGGAUCCAGCCGAUCCAUAUAACUGGCCCAGGAGCAUGAAAACCACGAACCUCGUCUUGGUGGCUUUCCACGCCAUGAUGGGAACCUUCACCGCCGCGGCCAUCUUGCCGGCGUUCACCGACAUAGCCAAGGACCUCCAUAUCGAAGUUCAGCAAGCCAGUUACCUGACCUCACUGGUAAUCGCUAUCCUAGGUGUUGCGCCGCUGUUAUGGCGACCGCUCUCUAACAUUUACGGACGCCGUCCCAUCUUCCUGAUAUCUCUGAUCUGCAGUCUGAUCGGAAAUGUCGGGUGUGCGAAGAGUACAUCCUACUCCACCAUGUGCCUUUGUCGGGCGAUUACUGCCUUCUUCAUCAGUCCAGCCGGCGCCAUCGGUAGUGCCGUGGUUUCCGAGAUGUUCUUCAAGAAGGAGCGCGCCACCUGGAUGGGCGCCUGGACUAUCAUGGUGACUCUCGGCGUUCCCGUCGCACCCUUCAUAUUCGGUUUUGUUGCUCUCCGAGUUGACUACCGCUGGAUCUACUGGAUCUUGGCAAUUAUAAAUGCCGCCCAGUUUAUCCUGUACUUCUUUCUCGGCCCCGAGACGCUGUACCGACGCGACUUCAAUUUCAAACCUAGUGGAAAACGACUCACGUCUCAGUAUUUCAGGUUCGGCCGCAUAAACCCCGAGCCAAUAAAGUGGCAAGACUUUAUCCAACCCUUGAUAUACUUCACCAAACCCGUCGUUUUGAUGCCCGCCGUGGCAUAUGCCAUGGUCUUCCUCUGGUGCAACAUCAUGCCCACGAUCGAGAUCCCGCAAAUCUUUCCUGAGCGCUACGGCUUCAAUACGCAGCAGGUUGGUCUGCAGUUCCUGUCUUUCAUCCUCGGUUCCAUCAUCGGAGAGCAGCUUGGUGGUCGUGCAUCGGACUGGUGGAUGAACAGCCGCCAGAAGAAGACGGGUUCCGCGGUACCACCUGAGUAUCGGUUGUGGCUCAGCUACCUGGGUUUGGCCUUGUCAAUCACCGGUGUGAUUGUGUUCCUGGUCCAGACAUACUAUGCCACGACCUCGUGGAACAUCACCCCACUGGUGGGUACGACAAUCGGGGCAGUGGGUAACCAGAUCGUCACAACCGUGUACAUCACCUACUCUGUUGACUGCUUUCGAGAGGAUGCCGCUAGCAUCGGUGUUUUCGUCACUUUUGUUCGACAGAUCUGGGGUUUUAUCGGACCUUUCUGGUUCCCGCAACUGAUUGAGGCCGCUGGAAUGCUUGGUACAGCCGGUGUUGCUACGGCGAUGAUUGUAGUCUUCUCCCUCAUUCCAACAAUAUAUCUCCAGUGGAGGGGGCGCAAUAUGCACUAG